GGAGGCGCCAACCGACCCGAACUCUCCCAGUCUCGCUCUCUCUUUCUCAGCUCUUUUUUUUAUUAUUUUCAUCCAAUCAUCCCAAACCAAACCCCAUUUCUUUCUCCAAAAUCAGCAUAAUACGAUUGACAAAAAAUCGAUUGCGCUGCUAUUUCCAACCAAAAAGGAUUAAAUUUUUGUCCCCAGAUUUGAAAAAUAAAAAAUGUCAUCUUUCAGGGUAUUAAAUUCUCUUCGGCGAUUCAGAAUUUUAGCUGGAAAAUCUCUUCUUUGACUUGUAAAUGCAAUUCUGUAGAUACUUUCCACCUUGGUUUUGUCAAAUUCUUGCGUAUAUGGGAGCAGAGGUUGCCUUGGAUGCUUCACAAAACCUUCAGUAACUAUUCCAAUGGAUGAGCCAUCUAAAGGACUAAGAACUCAAGGUCAAACAGUAAAUAAAGACAACAGAACAGAAGAUAUCUGGAGCAGCAGCACUUUUGAAAUGGAUAAUAGUGCUGCACAGUCCCAGAGAAGCAUCUCAUCGAUCGUAAUGUCAAAUAAUCCUUCUGAUCCUCAAAGUAGUACCGGGAGUGAAAUUGGUCCGGCUGAAUUUGUCAACCAUGGUCUUCUUCUCUGGCAUCAGAUAAGACAGCAAUGGGUUGGGAAUAAAAUCUCCGAGAGUCAGAAGGAAGUUCGAGAACCGAGAAUAAGUUCGAACGCCACCUACGACAACCUUCUCGGAAACAACAAACACUUUCCUCAACCAAUCCCUCUGAGAGAAAUGGUUGACUUUCUUGUUGAUAUUUGGGAGCAAGAGGGUCUAUAUGACUGACCAAGGAUCUUUUUUUUUAAAACAAGAGAAUUGUUGUGAAUGGUGUAACUGUUUGCAAGCUAUUGUUACUCCCUUUAUGAGGCUUCUAUUCUAAAUGAAUUAGAUUAAAUUAAUUUAUAAUGUCCAUUGAUUAAAUUCCUACUGCAAAUUAUCUGGUUUCUCUUUUCUUGUAAAUUUUUUCGAGCUUGAAAUGACGAUGAUAGCAUAGCAACGGUGCCAAGCAAAACCUGACUAGGUGAAUAUUUAGAAAGACAAAUCAUCGCCGAGUCAUUGUAUUUGUGUAUUCACUUGUCGUAUAUUUAGAAGACGACGU